AUGGAAUUUGAUAAGUAUAUAGCUAGAAGAUUAAUUCAUAUCGCUGAGAGGAAAAUCUCAGAGAAUGAUUACGUUGCGGCCAAGAAAUUCGUUAACAUGGCUCAAAGUUUAUACCCAGAGCUUGAUGGUUUGAAACAAGUGUCGACGAUGGUCAAUGUUUGUAUCUCUGCAUCAAGCAAGACCAACGGAGGAGGAGAAGUGGAAUGUAAUAAGGACGAAGCUAAGAAGAGCAGUGGGUAUUGCUGA